AUGGAUAAAUAUCUGAAUAGUUUACGCAAUGAGCACAAGAAGAGGGUUAGAUUCCAUAUUGUGGAAGAUAAUGCACGACUUCACAGCUCUAUUGAAGUUGAUCGAUGGGCAUCAACCGAUCACCGAACCCCAAUACGCCGACACCAUUCACAACCAAUAAUGCGAAAACGAUCUGACACGGAAUGCAAAGCGACCGCGCGAUGGAAUUCUGAAGCAUCAACUUCUUCUACUGCGCCACUAAAGGCCCCGAAGCGACUGCUGUCUUCAGGAGGAGAUAGAUGGCGUGUGGGCCGAAACAACAGUGAUUCGAUCAUACAUUCCCCACCAAAGAGAAGGUACUCUCCCAACUCGCCAAUGCUGAUGAUGGCUUCCCUGAAAGUAGACAAAGUUUUCCCUUCUAGCCCACCCCUGAAAACGAACGACGUGAUUCUCGAUCAAGCAUUGAAUGAUCUAAAGACCGACGUAGAUCUACUCCAAGAUGAUUCAACCAAUACUGAAACAGAAAUUGGCAGCUGGAAUCUAGAUGAAAACGAGGAAAGUGCUUCAUUGGUACAAAAGAGACAAGUUUCGUCUCCACAGCAAUCACAACAAGAACAACGACAACAACACAAUGAAGAAUCAAAUCCGACCAUACUGAAGUCGCUGUUUGGCUUGCUGGACCUUAUGCUUUUAUGGUCAUUCUGGAAUGUUAUAUCUAUGUUCAUUGGUAAUAUCAUUUCUCGAUGCAGCAAAGAUGACAGGAGCCCCGGACUAAUGUCCGAAGACAAACGGGUACUAGCAAAGAUGGAGCAAGGCGAAGCGAUUCCCCUAACAAUGCAGCACCAACCACAUAACAGUCCAUCCAAGUCUCGGUAA